AUGGCCUCUCUGCCUGCUGCACAUGAGGGCUCAGAGGGCUCAGGGGUGCAGGUGGCGGCGGCAGUGGCAGACAUAUUGGGUGGGGCAGAUGUAGGUGAAGGGGCAGGGUCAGGUUUGGGGUCAGAUGCAAGAGCAGACAUGUUGGUAGGGGCAGACCCAGUGGAAGACAUAUUGUUAGGGGUGAAUGAAGGCUCAGGCAUGGGGAUGGUUGCAGAUGUGGACUCAGACAUAUUGGUCGGGGCAAAGACAUCACCAAACAUGUCAGUAGGGGCAAAUGCGGCUGGAGCUGUGAGGAGGAAGAGGAGGAGGAGGAAGAGGGAUGUUCUACUGCCCAGUGGAGUACGACUGUGCACACAGGACACUGUGCGCAAGGCCAUUCAGUACCACCUGCACUACUACCAGCUUAGAGUGUGCCAGGAGACGGUGUGGGAGGCCUUCAAGAUCUUCUGGGAUCGACUUCCUGACCAGGAGGAGUACCAGCUGUGGAUGGGUCAAUGCCAGGGCGGCAUGCUGACGGCCCGCGAGAUUGGCAGUACAUUCAGUCAAUCAGACGAGCACCUAGAGCUCGUACAAAAGAGGCUGGCCUUAUCAGAAAAGAGGGAAACACAGGAAGUGGCAGUAGAGGAGGACGUUGUACCAACACAAACAGUUGAAGUAGUGGCAGUGCCAGAGUCGCCCCUGGAGACCGCAGAGGUUACCACGGUGACGGAUGCCACACACCUGGAUGUCUUGGAGGUCUCUGCAGCCCUCAGCAUCCUGCCAGAGUUUAAAAGCGUCACCGUUCUAGAGUUCAAGCCACAGGUUGAAGAGUCCGGGGAGGAGAGUGUGCGAGUGGACUACAUUGUGACGCUUCAUUCAGACGGCCAGGAGGUCAGCAGUGAGACGAUAGACCUCAUCAGCACCAUAGUCGGGGAUCCAGAGCCUGAAAACAGCGAGGACAAUGAGGAUGUCGUGGAUGAGCUGGACAAGAAUGACCUGCCCUACCCAACAGCAGCCUCGUAUGAUGAUGUUGUCUCAGAGAAUGAUAUCAUCAUUCUGGACGAAGUCGUCCCCGACAUUGUCGUCCCCGACAUUGUUGACGUCACAGUGGAGGAGGACGUAGCUCUGGAGCCACCACCCAUAGACAGUAUUCCGGAACACAAUGAUGGUUCUAAUGGCAUGGUGUCAGACGAUGGCUAUGAAGGCUCCGGGUCUGGCUUGGAAGGAAAUGAUUGGCCAAUACUAGCAGAGGCGGAGCUGACCGUGGUCACGUCCCCAGAGGAGGAAGAGGAGGUGCCACCACCAGCAGUAGAGGAGAAAGAGGUGGAGGAGGAAGAGGUGGAGGAAGAGGAGUUGGUGAUUACCAUGGAAACUGAGGAGGAGGAAGAAGUGGAGCCAGAACAAGACGAGGAGGAGCCUGGUGAGGUGAGGGGCGUGUCCCAGGAUGACCUAACGGAAGACGAGAUCUUAUUGGUCAGCCAGCCUCCAGAAGAUGACAUCCUAUUGGUCAGCCAGGCUCCAGAUGAGAUUCUAUUGGUCAGCCAGGUUCCCGAGGCCCCGGCCCCAGCCCCCACACCUUACUCCCCCGUCAGGGAGUCUCCCUUCACCCUCAUCUCCAUGGAUACCCAGGCAGUGGAGACGGACAUGGAUGUGGAUGUGGACUUGGAGGCAGGCGGAACAGGACACACGUCCACGGACGCCACCAUCAUCUUGACCGUCUCCGAGGUGGACUAUGAUGUCUAUUACCACGGCAACGCGCUGGAAGGAGAGGAGGAGGGAAGCGGUGGCCGUGGCGACAGCCUGGGCAGCGUUGCCAUGCCAACCAACCCAGGACGCGCUUUGAUGGUGUUCUUCAGCCUGCGUGUCACCAACAUGGUCUUCUCAGAGGACCUCUUCAACAAGAGCUCUGCAGAGUACAAGGCCCUGGAGCAACGCUUCCUAGAGCUGCUGGUGCCGUACCUGCAGUCCAACCUGAGCCACUUUGAGAACCUGGAGAUCUUGAACUUCCGUAACGGCAGCAUCGUGGUCAACAGCCGGAUGAAGUUUGGCCGGCCGGUCCCGCGUGGCGUCACCACCUCCGUCUAUAUGAUCCUGGAGGACUUCUGCAACACGGCCUACCAGACCAUGAACCUGGCCAUCGACAAGUACUCGCUGGACGUAGAGUCAGGUGAGCAGGCGGACCCGUGUAAAUACCAGGCGUGUAACGAGUUUGCGGAGUGUGCGGUGAACCGCUGGUCUGGCGAAGCGGAGUGUGUGUGCAACGCGGGCUACUACAGCGUGGACGGGCUGCCCUGCCAGAGCAUCUGCGAACUCCAGCCAGACUUUUGUCUUAACGACGGAAAGUGCGACAUCAUACCGGGACAAGGAGCCAUAUGCAGGUGUCGUGUGGGUGAGAACUGGUGGUAUCGGGGAGAACACUGUGAGGAGUAUGUCUCCGAGCCAUUGGUCGUUGGCAUCGCCAUAGCUUCGGUUGCUGGCUUCCUAUUGGUUGCCUCGGCUGUCAUCUUCUUCCUGGCCCGGGCCCUCAGGGACCAGUACGACAAGGAAGAGCAGGAGGACCCAAUACGCCUGGUGGAAACGCUCCCGUCGCUGGAGCAUGCCACCAAGUACAACCCCAUGUACGAGAGCGAGGCCACCACGGGCUACAGCCACUACUACCGUCGCUAUGGCGAGGGGUCCGAGGCGCCCAUGCAGAGCACCGGCAGCGCAGAGGCCUCCACCGAGUUCAGCAGCGAAGAGAUACGACACAUCUACGAGAACAGCGAACUCACCCGAGAGGAGAUUCAAGAGCGUAUUCGCAUCAUUGAGCUCUACGCCAGAGAUCGGCAGUUUGCAGACUUCCUACGCCACCACCAAGGAUGUGAGACCGGACUGCGCUACUACAGCCAGUGA